AUGUUGGGGAAGAAGUUGGUGACUGCACAGAAGCGAGGGGAGACCAGAGCCAUGUGCCUGGGGCUGGGAAUGGUGGCAUGCUCCAUGAUGAUAUACUUCUUUAUUGCGGUCACCAUGGUGCCAACUUACAAUAAGAGUGUUUGGACAACAGAAGCUGUGUGCAAGCUACUCAAAGUCAACAUUAAGGACAGAGCUCUCUGCCCAAGCAGUGAAGACUCAGAGGAUGGGGACAGCUUCCCUUACCCCUGUCUCCAGGUGUGGGUUAAUCUGACAGCCUCAGGACAAGAGGUGAUGCUGUACGAUAACGAAGAUACGCUGAGCAGAAAUGCUAAGUGCUCCUAUGUCCCAGACAAACCAGAGUACUCCAAAGAAGUUAAAGCACAAGUAGAACUUAUUGCAUCCAUUUUCAGAAACAAACAGACCUUCCGCUGUUAUUAUGACCCAGGAGGAACACAGACCAAUGUCAUUGUAAACAGACUUUAUCCCCCAGGAGGUCUCCUCUGUGCUUUCCUCUGGCCCACACUGAUGUUUACUGCUGGAUGUCUGAUUAUUCUUCUGGUAAAACUUAGUCAGUAUUUUUCUGUUCUUUCAGCUGGGCAGUAA